ACGAGGAAUUUGAGUUUGUGCGUGCGGAAGUGCGAAUUCCCGAAAUCCUGCCGAUUUCUCCGUUAGCGGCUUAUUCUACGCGUUCACAAUGGCGAAUUUGGAUGAUUUCUUUGCUAAAAAAGAUAAAAAGAAGGGCAAGGCAAAAAAGUUUGGUACUGCCGAGGAAAUUGCUAAGCAACUGGAUGACACGUCGAAGAAGGUUGUUGAGAGUAAAAUGAAGAUGAAGCCGAUUGAUCCGGCAGAUGGCAAACACGACUCCAGUCAGGAUGACGAAUGGAAAGUGUUCGAGGAGACGAAAAAAGAUUAUAGUGGACUGAAAUUGGCACAGCUCACGAUAGACGAAGCAUCGAAUCAGAAUGAUUCAGAGAAUGCCGGCGACUACAACGAUCCAAAUAACGACAAUGAAGGCAGAGAGGGUGAGGAUCGAGAUCCUAGUAAACCGUGGAACAAAUUAGAUGCUGGCGGCGCUAAACGAAAUGAUGCGGUUGCAGCUGAAGUGGAACCAGCUACUACAAGCAAUAUUUACAUUAGUCCUGCAAUGAAAAGUCUUAUGGCAAAACAAAAAUUAAAAAAAGGUAUUGCGCCGGAUUUGAAGAGCGAGGAGUACUUCCCCACAUUGGGCCAGGAAAAGCCAGCUGAGCUACCGAAGCCACCUAAGCCGGAUCCUACGUUCGAGGAGGUCAAACACGGUAUCCGAGCGAAGAUGCUCGAACAGUCCUCAUCCAGCCAGAUCAGUAUCGGUAAUCGAUACAACUCACUCAACAACGAUGCAAGCUAGGAACAAUGUGGCCACUACAGCAUCGUUUUAAAUUUUUCUUUAUCCUAUCCGCCUGACGCCCUCUUAUACCGUUUAGUUUUGCGUAUUGUGCCUCCGGGUUUUGUUGAAACAUUUAUGGUUACACUAGUUUGCCUUCAUACAUUUUCCGCUGUUUUGCAUCGGCCGUAAGACGCUCUAUUGUCGAUGUCCGUUUGGCGCUGGUUUCCUUUGGAAAAGAUGAAGAAUUACGAUUUCAAAAUUUGAGUCACUUUCGCUCGUGAUUUUGUCAGUUCUCACUCAUCGACUGCUGUACUGCCGUGAAUGUAUAAAUACAACUAAAAAUAAAAUCAAAACCGAAACUCUGCCUCAAAACGGCUUAAAUCCACACCUCGCACACGUGCGUGCGUCAAAAUUCAUACCUCGUCGGACAACUAUCGAGAAGAAAUUGUGGA